AUGACAAUCGCCGCAUCACAACACCACGCUAUUGAGACGGCCGAGCGAGUCACGUCGGUCUUCUCGGUGGUCGGCGCAUGCUUCAUCAUCACGACGUUCCUCUCUGACAGCAAGUUCCGCAAACCCAUCAACCGACUUGUCUUUUAUGCAGCAUGGGGAAAUCUAUUCGCCAACGUGGCAACCUUGAUCGCAAGAUCCGGCAUUGCGGCCGGAGUGACAACGCCAUUAUGCCAGUUCCAGGGCUUUCUGAUUCACUGGUUCCUUCCCGCUGAUGCCCUAUGGACCUUUGCGAUGGCUUGCAAUGUCUAUCUUUCCUUCUUUCACCAGUACGACGCCUCCCAACUCCGGGGCCUGGAGUGGCGCUACUUAGGAGCGUGUUACGGUAUCCCGUUCCUUCCGGCAUUGGUAUUUUUGUUCAUCAACUCUGGGGGCAGAGGAAAAGUGUAUGGAGACGCUGUGCUCUGGUGUUGGGUCACCACGAAAUGGAAUGUGCUUCGAAUCGCCACCUUCUACGGCCCGGUCUGGCUUAUCAUCUUGGUGACAAUGUUCAUCUACGUCAAAGUGGGCAUUGUGGUCUUCCGUUGGCGCAAACAGCUCCUAUCCCUAGGUCGGAGUGAAAGCAAGCAGGAGGUGCCGUCAUACGGUUAUGCCAUGAAGCAGUUCCCAGCUUCGCCAACAUCGCCGUCCGUUUCUCCAAAAACAUACGAAGUCACCAUCAGCAGCCAAGUCCCACACUCACCGGAUCGGAAACAACCACAGCUGAGCCCACCAAACAACGAAUACCAUGGUGAUGCUUCACCCACGAAUGCGCAUCAUGAAAGGUUCCCGUCGACUCAGGAACCUGGGUACCCUGAAACGAACACCCAGGUGGUCAUCGAGAGACCGCAGGCUAAGAUGGUGGAUGCUAACAAGGCGACACUGAGCUACUGCAAAACGGCCAUGCUAUUCUUUCUCGCUCUCCUUUGUACAUGGUGUGUGAUUCUCAUCGACAUUGGUUGGCACGGUGGGCUUACUAUCCUUAGGGUUCCUUCCACGAUCAACAGAGUGUAUACGCUUGUUCGCCCGAAUGAUUCCAUUUUCGGGUUGGACUUUGCUUCCGGUCUGGUGCUCCCCCUGCAAGGAUUCUGGAACACGGUCAUCUAUAUUGUCACCAGCCUGCCGGCGUGCAGGGCCUUGUGGGCUGUGAUCAUCACUACCUUUAUUCCUCAAGCCCCCCGACCGGACAGGACGACCCCGACACUUGCGAUCUCAACCAAACACAACCACCGCAUUCUCGGCUCGGAAGACACGAGAGCCGAUAUCCACGUCAGCAUGGAUGGAAAGAACCGCAUUGUCAACUACCGCCACCAGCACGACGAUGACAUCCCAGAAGAGACCAGCAGCCCGCUAGGUCCAGGUCCAGGGUUCGUACAUGCCCGAUGA